AUGGCGCCCCAAGAUUCAUUCAUAGACGAUGAGGAGGAUACCUGCCCUCUUUGCAUCGAGGAGUUUGAUCUCUCCGACCGAAACUUCCGACCAUGCCCUUGUGGCUACCAGGUCUGCCAGUUCUGUUUUAACAACAUAAAAAAUAACAUGAACGGCCUAUGCCCUGCUUGCAGACGACCUUAUGACGAAAAGACGAUACAGUGGAAGGUUGUCACAACAGAAGAAGUUGCCGAGUUCCGUGCCAACAUCCAGAAGAACCAAAAGAAGCGGGCUACUGACCAACGCCAAAAAGAGCUUCAGAAACGAGAGGCAGAGAAGGAGAACCGCAAGAAUCUCAUCGGCGUACGAGUUGUCCAAAAGAAUUUGGUCUAUAUCACAGGCCUUGCUCCGACCGUCAGGGAAGACGAACUGCUAAAAACAUUGCGAAAGCCCGAGUUCUUUGGUCAAUAUGGCAACAUCCAAAAGAUUUCGAUUAGCAACCGAAAGAGCUCGGAUGGCCAGCACCAGUCACUGGGCAUCUAUGUCACCUUUGAAUAUCCCGAAGAAGCGACACGUUGCAUCCAAGCUGUGCAUGGGUCACAUAAUGGCGAUCGAGUCCUCAAAGCCCAACAUGGCACGACGAAAUACUGCUCAGCCUGGCUCAAAAAUGAAAAGUGCAGCAACCCUGGUUGUAUGUUCUUACACGAACAGGGUGAUGAGGAGGACAGCUACAGUCGGCAAGACCUUUCAUCGAUGAACAGUAUCGCUUCCCAACGACCCCUCCCUGCAGGUGGAUCACGGUCUGCUUCCCGGCAACAAGCUCCUCAUCCCACCCCGCCACCCGUCGUAUCUCAUCCUAUGACACGCUCUAUAAGCAAGGAGGGAUCUGAGAACGGUGUUGACGGAUCAGCAUUACCUUCCUCAGCUAACUGGGCACGCAAUCCACAGCGGAGUCGUAGGGGCAGUCUCGCUACUAGUGGUGCCGCGUCAAGCCCUGCUAUCUCGGCAGCUCAGCCUGUAACCGCUGAGCCUGUUCCGGAAGAAGCAGUUGAGGAAGAAGAGGAUGAAGAUGAAGAUGAGGAGGACGAGGAAGAUGAGGAAGACGAGGAAGAGGAGCCUCAACCAGAGGAACCGGUGGCCGGACCCUCUUCAUCCCGUGCGAUGGAACCCGAAUCUCCUGCACCAGCCAGGAACCUGGCUGAGAGGGGGCUUAGAGAGAUCCUCAAGGUGCUGGGUAACACUCCCUGGCCUCCUUCGUCUACCGCUGCAGCAGACCAGUAUCCGCCCUUGUUCGAUCCUCGUGGUGGUGAAAAGCGCAGAGCUAUGCGAGAAGAGGAGGAUUCGCGUUUGAGUGGUGAACAGGAAGAGCGUCCCGAGGCCCGCGAGCCAUCCGAAGGCGAGCCCGAAACUGGUGGAAGUCUUGCUCUUGGAGGCGAACCGGAGGACCGUGACACAUCCAACGACAUUAGAGGUUUCGACCGUCGAGGCAGCACCCAGCCUCCUAUCCAACGACUCUCCACUGACGGUCUCUUUGGACCUGCCCUCACCGGAGCCUCGCCCUUUGGCCAGAGCCCGGGCAAUCCUGGCUCGCGGUCUAUGACACCCCAGCAAUUGUUCCUUCGAUCUCAGAGUGGCUUUGGUGACGCACCACCCGGCAUUUCCAGCCAAAGCAAUGCCUUCCAGAACCAGAGUCAGGGCCAGGGCCAGGGACAAGGCCACAACCGCCAGUCGUCCCGAUUCAGCUUCGCCAACGACAGCGCUGGCUCUGUAACCAACGUCAAGGUUUCGACUAACCCGCGCAUCAUGGCCCAACAAUCUUCCAUGAUGCCCAACACCUUCCAAUCCCAGGGCAACAACCAGUUCUACGGUGCUUCUAUGCCUGGACCUCCUCCCGGCCUCAAGUCGACCGGCACUCCUCCCAACAUGUUUGGCCAGUUCGGUGGACAGGGCUUUAAUGCGCCAAAGGACAACUCGAGUGAGAUUCUUCAAAGUUUAAUGGGCCGCAAUCGGGCUGGCAACAACCAGUCCCAUGAUGCGGGAAAGCGUGAGUUUAUGAUUUCUUCUUUUUCAAACCAGUACCCACCAUCCUCUACCUCCACCCCAGCUCCUGCUCCUGGGCUCCUGCCUUCGCUGUAUGGUGGUACACCUAGUGCAUACCAAGACAUGAGCUCUAAGCAGAAGAAGAAGGGAAAGAAGCACAGACAUGCUAACACUUCCUCUUCAGGGGGGAGUGGCCUAGUAGAUCUUGCAGACCCGAGUAUCCUGCAGGUGCGAAUGCAGCAUCAGUCUCAAGGCAGCGGCGGAGUCGGACAGGGCUUGUUUGGUGGCCAGAGUCAAGGUGGGUACAAUCACAACAAUAUGAUGGGGACACGGGUUACGAGCGCAUUUUUGAUUCAGCACAUUUUCGCGAGAUCAACACAGCUCAAGGAGCGUCGAAUCUAUCCGCCCAGGUUUGGCGGUAAUAUUGGUCAGAAAGCAAUACCCUCAUUCUCUCCAAAUCGCCUCUUCGCCUCUUCUCCUCGUCCCCCUGCGGAAGACGAUGGUGCUCGCCGUAGCAUGACCCUGUCCCCAAAAUCUUAUGAUGAGCUCCCGUCUUUGGACGAGGCUACGAACUCUGUCGAUGCGUUGGUUUCGGACGACCCAAUCCUUCCUGCGACCACUGUUGAAGGACGUCAAUCCGUGCCCCCCGGCUUGGGGCUACCCCCUGGGCUUUCACCCAUCUCGAGACCGCCAUCCACCACGGGCCAUACAAGAUUGUUCAACAUUGGACCAGCGUUGCCUAAGAUGCCACCGCCUGGCCUGUCACAAGAUGCUUCAACUCCAGACCAAUCACCCAGAAAUCCAAUGCCGGCAACCCCUGUCUCGGAAGCAAAGAAAGCAUCUAAGUCUUUGGCAACCGAGAGCGGGCUUUUGAAAGAGAUCACGAGUCAACCGCAACCAAAGCAGACCAAGGGAAGCAUCUUGCAGGACGAGGAAUUCCCGGCUUUGGAUGCACUGAAGAGCAAGAGCCGACCUGCUACGCCUACACCCAAGCCCACUCCAAAGGCCAAACGCAAUGCAGAGAGAAUUGUGGAUAGAAUGAUGGCCAAGGCCGGGGCCAGCAAGCAGAGUAGCACAACAGAGGAACCAAAGGUUGAAGAUCCCAAGGUCCAAGGUGCCAAAACUCAAGAGUUCAAACAGGAGGCCAAGGUCUCAGAGCCAAAGCCUACAAUUGAGAAGAAGCCUGUUUCUCUCAAAUCUCAGACUGAGGAGAAUUCUGCGCCCACCAUGUCUGCUAAAGUAUAUGGCAAAACUCCUAUCUAUCUCAACACCCAGAUCGAGAAGAAUACCGCGCCCAAGCCUGGCGAGUCAUCCGCAACGACUGAGAAGCCCAGUACAGGAAAUGCAGCUGCUUUCCCCCCAUUGCCUGCCCCUUCAUCUGCCGCGACCUCGUCUCCUGUCACACGGACAGGGCCAAAGACACUGCGAGUCGUUGCCACUCCUAAAACGGAGGCUCCUCCUCCUGCAUCCCCUGCCUUGACUAUGGCAUCCGUCGCUCUAUCCGGAUCACGAGGGGUGUCUGCUAGUUACAGACCAGAUACGCCUGCUAGCAGCGAGCCAGUUAGUGACAACGCAUCGGUUGUAUCUGCUUCUGUAACACACUCUCGUGCGAGCUCCCCACCUCCUAGCAGGGUUGGAUCAGCUGCGGUACGAACCACAACAAAGAGCCAACAACGCAAGGCACGCAAGGACGUCUUGAAGCAGGAAACCAAGAUGAUUGCCGAAGUGCCUAAAGUUGAGGCAGAAGUCCAAGCUCCGAUCAUUGGACGAAAGAAGAAACAGAAGAAGGAAAAGCCUGCCAAGGCACCUCAGUCUGAUCCUUCUGCCUCGGCAGCCCCAGAAACUGCGAAGGCCGAUGUUUCCACUGCCGAAUCUCCCCAACCAGAGCCCCCCAAGGAACCCGAGCAAGAGCCAGAAGAGAAGCCCCUUAAAAGUAAGGCUGCUCAAAAGAAGGCCGCAAAGUCCAAGGGUAAAGCAAAAGAGGUCGAACCUGAGCCUACUCCUCAGCCCCCAUCUCCCGCCCAGGAAGCUACUCCCGAAACCCAGGAGACCACGGAGAAGCCAGGGCCCAACCCCGCAUCGGUUUUCACUGAGAUUAAAAACGCUCUUUGGGCAUCUAGCGUGGAUAAGCUGCAGCUUUUCAAACCUAUUGCCAGUGGUUCAUCGCGAACCGAUUACAACGCUCAUAACAACGCCAACAAGGCCGAGCAUUGUAAGGACUGCUCUUGCAAGUGUGGUGAAAUUCAGGAUGAUGAUCUUGCGGCGCUUCGUGCGGGUAAACCUGUACGCAAACAAUUCCAUGUCGAUGGUAGUCGCAUGCUCAUCACCCCCAAUGGUGAUUGCAUCCGCGGCCUACACCCAGAGGAAGAAGAUGCCUUCCUUGAGCUGCAAGCUGCCAUUGCGGACACAGCAGAGAACCCCGGAUCGUUCAUUGCCCCUAGACAUCAACCUGGAAGCGGGGCCUUCUCUUUGAUCAAGGGCAGAGCCGUCCCCAAUGGACGUCCCAACAUCUUUCCCACCACUGCUCAGCUCCAAUCUCAAGACCCUAUCGGAAAGCUUCAGAGAGAAGAUGCACUGAGCUACAUCAACCAAUAUGUCCUGCCUCGCCUUAACCUGGGAGCCACUAACAUGGGUUUCCCCAAGGGUGCAUCGCCUACUAAGGAUGCGGCUGCUGCAAGUCUUAACUCCCUUGCCCCCUACUUCUAUGGUCCUGAUGCCGCUGCUGGGGUUGGCAUCUACAGCCCCCCUGAUGGAGCGCGAGCAAUGCAGGAUUUCAGCUCAGCUGGCAUGUCGCCCGAGGAACGUGGAAAGAACUUUGGAAUGAACGUCGGUGGUAUGCCCUUAAUGAGCGUCGAGGAUGCCGAAGGUGCGCUGGCCACUGCCCGACGAGAAACAGAGAAGCUGGAGAAGGGAUUGAACCAGGUUAUUCGCCGCAACCGACGGCUUGUUCUUGGAGGUAAUAAUUAA